CUGGUUUCCAGCCUGGAGCUUCUGAGCUUGCUUGCCACAGGAUCUAAAGAUAGGCUACCUCACAGGAAGCCAGAUGCUAUUGGCUAACUUCACAAAUAAAGAUGCCCUCAGAGAGAGGGAAGUAUUGGCAUCUGGUAAAGUUUGUGUGGGACUGGGGGACUGACUGGCAUUUCCUGCAGAAGUUCCGUUCCUAUCUGCCCAGGACCUCGCCAUGCCUACCUUCUUCCCUGAAUUGGACCUAGAGUACGAGAACUUUGAGUAUGAUGAUUCUGCAGAGGCCUGUUAUGUAGGUGACAUUGUGGACUUUGGGACCAUCUUCCUGUCCAUUUUCUACUCCCUUGUCUUUGCCUUUGGUCUGGUGGGAAAUCUGUUAGUGGUACUCGCCCUCACCAACAGCCGCAAGCCCAAGGGCAUCACCGAUAUCUACCUCCUAAACCUGGCCUUGAGUGAUCUGCUCUUCGUGGCCACCUUGCCCUUCUGGACUCACUAUGUCAUCAGUGAGGAAGGCCUCCACAAUGCUGUGUGCAAGCUCACCACUGCCUUCUUCUUCAUUGGCUUCUUCGGGGGUAUAUUCUUCAUUACAGUCAUCAGCAUCGAUAGGUACCUGGCCAUUGUCCUGGCCGCCAACUCCAUGAACAACCGAACAGUGCAGCAUGGUGUCACCAUCAGCCUGGGCGUCUGGGCAGCAGCCAUCUUGGUGGCAGCACCCCAGUUCAUGUUCACAAAGCGAAAGGAAAACGAAUGUCUGGGUGACUACCCCCAAGUCCUCCAGGAAAUCUGGCCCGUGCUCCGAAAUUUGGAAGUCAACAUCCUGGGCUUUGCGCUGCCCCUGCUUAUCAUGAGCUUUUGCUACUUCCGAAUCAUCCAGACCUUGUUUUCCUGUAAGAAUCGCAAGAAAGCCAAAGCCAUCAGACUCAUCCUGCUUGUGGUGGUGGUCUUCUUCCUCUUCUGGACACCCUACAACAUCGUGAUUUUCAUGGAGACUCUCAAAUUCUACAACUUCUUCCCUAGUUGCGACGUGAAGAGGGGCCUGAGGUUGGCUGUCAGUGUGACAGAGACCGUGGCAUUUAGCCACUGUUGCCUCAACCCCUUUAUCUAUGCCUUUGCUGGGGAAAAGUUCAGGAGGUACCUUGGACACCUGUACAGGAAGUGCCUGGCUGUCCUGUGUGGUCGCUCAGUCCCUGUCAGCUUCACGCCCGAAUCCCAGAGGAGCAGGCAGGAUAGCAUCCUGAGCAGCUUUACUCGAUACACAAGUGAGGGAGAGGGGUCUCUUCUGCUCUGAGAGGGUCUUCACGACCCUGACUCCACUCAGAACCCAGAGUUCGUGACUCUGACCCACUGUAGUGAGAACAGACUUACUUUUCCUGCUGUGUCUUAUGUGCAAGAAAUAUGGACCAGAUGCCAACAAAGCAACCCCACAGUGUUUCUGAAAUUUUCUGUUCAGUUCUUGAAAGACACACAUCUCUCUUACUGUAAAUGCUGAUCAUCGGGCCUUACUAGAGACAAAGGCUCUAACCCAACUUGCAAGAUUACAAAAGAGUUGGUGAGGGUUAUCCACAUGAUCAUGUGGAUAAGGGGUGACUAAAUACUCAGACAGAGUGAAAAUCAAUGCUAGAAUGUUCCCUUUCUGAUCUUCAGAUCUUUGAGUAGUGACAGGUAAUCCAGGCCCACAUUCCAUAGCUUUAUCAUCAGAGAAGGACCCCAUCUCUCUCUGGUUUCAAGGUCAACAUUCCCAGGAAAGGGCUUCCACUAGCCAAGUUGUGUCCCAUCCCAUCCCUUGGUAUUGAAAAUAGAACUGGGGUUGGGGAUUUAGCUCAGUGGUACAGCACUUGCCUAGCAAG